CGUGUGAUAACCUGGCAAUAUGAGUGCUUGAUGCACCGCCAUCCUAAUCAAAACCCAAAAAAAAAAUAAUUAUCAUUAAUUGGAGAUAAUUCAUAAUAAUUUUCAAUACAUCGUUUAUGGGAAUCUUUUCUUUGUGUAAAAUUGUUUCCAUAUUUUUUUCAUACAUCUUAAUUAAAGAAAAAAUAUUUAUGCAAAAUGUGGAUAGAGCCUAAAGAAAUUCUUUUGCCAUCGGCGUUUUGGCUAGUUGAAAAACGUUCAAAUUAUUUUGUUUUGCAAAAACGACGUGGUCAUGGAGAAUCACGAGGCUUGGGAUCAUUGUUGGUGGGCACAUUUGAUAGCGUCUUUGAUACUAAACCACCUCCUUAUCGAAUAUUACAUCAAACUCCGAACUCAGAAGUAUCAUAUGAAAUAGCAAUUGGUAUAACGGAAGAAGAAAUAUACAAAGAUUGGGAAUGGCUGUCACAAAACCUUUUUAGAGUAUUAAAUGAAAUGGAGAGUGAAGAUGAGAUUACAAAUUUUACAAUUUGUAAAAUAAAAUCGUUGUAUACACAAAAUAAUCAAGAUGAAUCUGGGGAUUCAGCAGAUUUUAAAGUGAUGCAAUCGAAAUUUCGACAAUUUUUCAAUAUGCCCGAAGAGGAGCAAUUAGUAAAUUACUACUCAUGCACAUAUAUUAAAAAUAAAAUACCUCGACAAGGACAUCUUUAUAUUUCACUUAAUCAUGUUAGUUUUUAUUCGUACAUGUUGGGUCAGGAGACAAAGAUAAGUAUACGUUUCACAGAGCUGGAAGAGCUAUCUAGACAUGCCAAUACCAUCUAUUUAAAAACGAACAAUAAAAUGCAAUAUAAUUUUACAAUAUUGUUUGAUCAUGUAGAGGCAUAUGAAUUUAUAGAACAACUAAAUAAAAUGGCUAUACAAAGAAUUAUACAGGAUCCCGACAGUCCCAUCAUUAACCAUGAUAAAUCUUUGUUGUUGCGUUUUGGUCGCAAGUCCUCUAAGAAACCGGUUUUGUGUCGUGAUUUAACAGCUCGUCAAAAAUCGGAAGAAUAUCGUGUAUAUUUCCGUUUACCACAAUCGGAGAUUAUAGAUGGAACUAUUAAGGCUAACUUAUGGACACCAUAUUCAAAACGAUAUAUCGGCGGAAAUAUUUAUUUAUCUACCAAUUUCUUUUGUUUUACUAGUGACAUAAAAGAUUUCGUUAGCGUGGUCAUUCCUCUGAAAGUUAUUAAAAGUGUAGAGAAAAAAGACGAUGGUAACCAUCGUUAUGAAAAUCAAAUUGUUAUUAUAACUUCAGAAAAUGUUCCAUUCGUAUUUGCUCAAAUUGUCGCUCGAGAUGUCCUAAUAACAAAAAUUACUGAUUUACUAUCAAAAUUUCACGUUCCCGUCAGCCGUGAACGUCCAAAAUAUGAUAUAUCUUGGAGUAAGCAAUCGGCCUUAAUCAAUACCUUCAAAACACGAUUUACCCCGGAAAUGCAACGUAUACAGGAUGAAAAACUUUCCCGCUGGGAAUCGCAUUUUCGCGAUUAUGGUCGUGGUAUAUCAAUGUUUCGUACUACAGCAGUAAUCAAUCUUAUUGUGGAAGGUAUUCCUGAAAAGUUACGACAAGAAAUAUGGAUGAUAUUUUCUGGUGCUAUACAUGAAAAAGAAAUGCAUCCUGGUUUAUAUGAGGAUUUAGUGGAAAAGGCCGCAUCUAUUAAACAGUCAUCAACACACGAUGAAAUCGAACGAGAUUUGCACCGGUCAUUGCCGGAGCAUCCAGCUUUCCAAAGCGAUGAGGGUUUGUUUGCUCUUAAACGCGUGUUACAGGCGUAUGCUUUAAGAAAUCCACAAGUUGGAUACACACAGGCUAUGAAUAUUGUAACUUCAGUAUUUUUAUUAUUUUGUGAUGAAGAGAAUGCUUUUUGGCUUUUGGCCAGUUUGUGUGAAAAUCUUUUACCCGAUUAUUACAAAGAUAAAGUGGUUGGAGCCCAGAUUGAUCAGGGCGUUUUGAAUGAAUUAGUUAAACAUUAUUUACCCGAACUGCAUCAUCAUUUAGAUGAAUUGGGCACUAUUAAAAUGAUAUCUUUAUCGUGGUUCCUGACGAUUUUUAUCAGUGUUAUAUCAUACGAAAGUUCAUUGCAAAUAAUCGAUUGUUUCUUUUAUGAUGGAGCCAAAAUAAUAUUUGUUGUGGCUUUACAAAUUUUGGAGUGGAACAAAGAUGAAUUAUUACGUUGUAACGAUGAUGGUGAGGCCAUGUUGGUACUUUCCAAAUUCUUAGAAGGCAUUUAUAAUCCUGAUUAUGAUUUGCCAGUUGCUAAUGACAAACGCAAACGCACACAAUCGGUGCAAACGUUAAUCCAUGAAGCCUACACGAAAUUUGGCGAUAUAUCGCUACAAAGAAUAGAGGAACUGCGAAAUAAACAUCGUCGCUUGACCAUGCGAAAAUUUGAUUUAGACAAUGAAGAGACCAUAGUUAAGUUCCAUUCGGACAAUAUGUAUUUUAGCAACGAGGAGUUACGUUUGCUGUUGGGAAUUAUUCGUGAGGAGAAGAUGGCGUUUCGCAAAGCUCAUUUUCAGAAGUUACAUGCUCAUAUUGGAGAAUCUCCCAUUUUAGUGCCAUCUCCUUCACCUACACACCAUCGAUUCGGGUUUCCCGACAACAACUGUAGUCGCGCAGAGGCUUACAGUGUUGAUUUUGAUACAUUCCGAGUGCUUUUUUAUGAACUCACGCCAUGGCGCACAUGUGUGACAAUUGAUUUGUCUGAAAAAUUAUUCCGCCUUACCGACAAAAAGAGUACUGGCAUGUUGGAUUUUUCUCAAAUCCUAAAUGCCUUAGGCUUAGUAUGUUCCAGUAAAUAUACUGAGAAACUUAAACUUUUGUAUAUUUUGCAUUUGCCACCUUUACUGUCAAAAGUUGAAAUCGAACAAGUAAGAAAUCCAAAAACAAAAACUAAAGAUGAUGCCGAAGAAGCCAUCGAAGCUGAAGAUUUUUUUGGUGAUGAUCCUUCCGAAUCAAUCGAGGCAUUACCAUCUCCAACCGACAAUAAUUUCGAUGAAAAUGAUUACGCCUUAAUAACGGCCACACAAAAACUACAUUCAUUAGCAGGCAUAACAAGCAAUACUUUUAUGGACAUAUUAAGGACACCAAAUUUAUCUACGGCUUCAAAUGCUUCGUCAAUGGCUGUCAAUGCUAGAACAUCAACAUUUUAUGUAGAUCUAUCGGAAGACGAAAAUAGCACACCAGGAGGCGGCGGAGCCUCUGCGAUCAUUAGUGGGGUUUCUCGUUCUCAAAAUGGUUCGUCAACCAUAGCGCCCCUUAAACAGCAGGGACGUUUUGAAUCCAUUGAUACCUUUUCCGAUAUUUCCGAUUUAGGAGCUGCUAAAGUUACACCCCCCCAAUUAAAUGUCGAAACGAUAUCAAACUUUUCACAAAUCAGCGAUUUGGUAAUGAACACAAAUGCCAAAAGGGAACGCACUGACUCGAAUACAGAUACGAAAAGUUUGGGCAGUCUACGCUAUCUUCUGGAUCAGCCAGAUGAUGCUAGUUCACCAAAUAAAAAUAUACCGAAUAUGAAAAAGACUAAUUUCCAAAUAUUAUGGAGAAGUUUAAUAGAAAUUUUGGGAAAACCUGAUGCAGACAUGAACCAAGCCUAUGAAAAUCUCUUGGAAUUGGGAAAGGAUAAUAUAAGGAAAGACUCUAGUUUAGAAAGUUUUACGCAGCUGAAUUUGGGUGGGAAUGAAGAGCCUGAUUCGAACGGAAAUCCAACUACCCCAUGUGAACCUCUAACAACUACAAAACUAUUUGUGGACUUAGAAGAAGAAUUAAAACAAGCCCGUUGUAAUGGUGGUGGAGAUGGGACUUUAACAUCAAAUAAUCAGAAAUCCAGUAAAAAUACAAGUAGCUGCAGCAAUAGUUCUUUAGAGUUUGAUGAUUGGGAAAUAUCCAUCAAUCAAUUUAUUGCCACAGUUUUAGCAGUGACAACUAUCGUUAAAGGUUUCUAUAACCGUACACCCAUUAAAGAAAAUAUCGAAAAAAUGCAAAAGAAUAGACGUAAAUGUAUUUCAUCGAAUUAUUAGCUAUUGAACACAAACACAUAGUGUAUACUAAAAAUAGAAAUAAAUAAAUAAAUAAAUACAGAAAGAUUGCUCCUCUGCAGGCUAAAUAGAUUUUUUGAUCAUUUGUUUUAAGUAAAUAAAAUUUAGCUUAAAUUUUUUCAAAUUGUUUUUCGCUUAACAUUUUAUAAAAUAUUAAAAACUAUUCUUUGAUUUGAAAAAUUAAAAUUGUUAAAUGUAUUUUUAAUAUUCAAUGAAAUUGUAAUUUAUUGAAAAUACAAAAAAAAUAUUUGCAAUGUUUCUAUUUAGAUGUUAAAGCAAAAAUGGGAAAAAAAUUUAUUUCUUUUUUUAAAAUGAGUAAUUACAUACAAUAUUAUAUUUAUUAUAACGUAACAUAAUUCAAAAUAAAAUAUACUAUUAUUAAUAAUGCAUAUAAAUCAAUAAAU